GACCAAUACAGUGUGAUUGUUAUAAGGCGAGAAAACAUGGACAUGGCAUCACAUGAAACCAAGAGAGAACUUGUAUUAAAUUAAACUAAAGGAGCAUCAUCCUCUGUGUCUCUCUCUCUCUCUCUCUGUUCUCUGGGUUUCUUUGGCUACCCCCACAAACGCACACAGUCUCGGAGUUCUGAUUCGUUCAUGGAGGUCCCAACGACGUCGUUAAGCGACUUCGGAAGGCUAUUCGCCGAGGACACGGAGCUGUACAACCGCAUUGUGUUGGGCUGCUUGUUGCCGCAGUGCGUGUGGGCCCCACUCCCUCACUUCCUCCAAACGUGGCUCCGCAAUUACGUUGGCGGUGUCCUUCUCUACCUCCUCUCUGGCUUCUUCUGGUGCUUCUACAUUUAUUAUUUCAAACGCAACGUUUACGUCCCCAAAGAUGCUAUUCCCUCUCGAAGAGCCAUGCUCUUGCAAAUAUCUGUUGCUAUGAAAGCCAUGCCUUGGUACACUUUGCUUCCAACUGUUUCGGAGUACAUGAUAGAAUCUGGCUGGACACUGGCCUAUCCUAGAUUAUAUAAUGUUGGUUGGCUAGCAUACUUUGUGUAUUUAGCAAUUUAUCUAAUUAUUGUAGAGUUUGGUAUUUAUUGGAUGCACAGAGAGCUGCAUGACAUAAAACCUCUUUACAAAUAUCUUCAUGCUACCCAUCACAUCUACAAUAAACAGAACACUCUCUCCCCUUUUGCUGGUUUGGCAUUUCAUCCUCUUGAUGGGAUACUUCAGGCAUUACCACAUUGCAUUGCUUUGUUUAUGGUCCCAAUACAUUUUACUACACAUUUAGCUCUCUUAUUCAUUGAGGGCGUUUGGACUGCAAAUAUUCAUGACUGCAUUCAUGGAAAAUUGUGGCCUGUUAUGGGUGCUGGUUACCACACCAUUCAUCAUACUACAUAUCGGCACAACUACGGCCAUUACACCAUAUGGAUGGAUUGGAUGUUUGGGACACUUCGUGACCCUGAGGAAGACGAUGGCAAGGCGAUGUGAUGAAUUGCUUACUCGCAUUGACAUUCAUUGGUUAUCUUGUCUGGAUUGUGGAAAUGUUGUUCCUUGCAUGUAAAGCAUAAAUGUAUUAGCUAUAUUUUUCUGGUGUCCAUCACAAGGUGAUGUUAUUUGUUAGAGAGACAAGGUUGAGGGUGGUGCAGGUGGAGCUUCCCUUCCGUACUCCAUUGUUACUAUGUAUGUGGUUGAGGACUUGAGAUUAUUUUAUUUCACAAAUUGUGGUAGAGGUUGAGAUGAUAAUGUAGUUUUCUCCAGAUGUGAUAAUUGAUGAUCCCCUAUUAAUGUUUUAUCUCGUUUCAUUCUCUUUC